UCGAUCAGUGACUUCCACCGCCAAGUGGCAGCAACGGAUUUGCUUCGGUUCGCUAUAUCGGUUCUGGAAAAUCAAAAAGAAAAAAAAGCCAGCUCAAUUUCCCAGCUCUACGUCGUCGUCGGGAGUUUAUCGAGCGUGUAAUUUGUGCUCCGUUCGCGAGAUUUAUGAUCCACGGCACCCGCCCACUGACAGCCUAAAUGUCUGCACCCCGCUCGCCCCUUCGAUUCCGGCAGAUCCGCUGGGUGGCCUGCCUGCUGGCCGCCGUGUGGUUCUCUUCCGGCCAGGCUCAGUUGCCAGGAGCAGGUUUCCAGGGACAACGGCCGCAGGUUCCCCCGCUGCAGCCGCUCCAACAGCCAGCCAAUCCCUUCCAGCGCCGCCAGCCCAAUCCUGUCCAGGGUCAAGGACUAUUCCCGGGUCAGCGAAAUCCCCUGAACCCGCUGGCUCCUCCGCUGACGGACGCUGGCCUUCAGAAUCCCUACACCAGGUACAACCAGUACCAGCAGCAGAACUACGUGCCCAUCACUGCCUACCAAAACGAACUCAAUCUGGAUGGCAGCUUCUCCUAUGGAUACUCCUCGGCCGAUGGAACCACUGCCCAGGCUCAGGGUUACGUCAAGAACUUGGGAUACGGCGAGGGGGUGGAGGCUCAGGUGAUUCAGGGCUCCUACUCGUACACCUCACCAGAGGGAACUCCCAUAACAGUACGUUACAUUGCGGAUGAGAAUGGAUUCCGGGCGGAGGGCACAGGGAUUCCCGCUUCUCCGCAAUAUUUCACUGGUGCCCAACCUUAUCAACAGGGUUUGCUGAAUCCCAACUUGAAUCCUUACCAAACACCCUUCCGCCAGCUGCCACCACCGCUGCCAAAUGCACCAUUCCGUCCUCAGAUCCCAGGACAACAGGCUUUGACCCCGCUGCAACAGCAACAGCAGCAGCAACAGUUGCAGCAGCAACGCAACUUCCAGCAGCAACAGCAAUCGAACUCGGGGCAAUAUCAGCCAGAUCAGCCGUUUAACCAACUGCAUUCCGGUAAUUUACCCGGGCAAUAUGCCGGACAAUUUGGCCAGCAAUCCUUUGGCAGCAAUCUCACGGCACAGCAGCAACAGAAUCUGAAUCAGCAACAGCAGCAGCAGCAGCAACAACAGCAGCAGCAACAGCAGAAGGAGCAGCAGAAUGAGCAGCAGCAACAGGCCUUGAUUACCCAACAACUGAGGGGCAGACCCAACAACCUAGUGGAUCCCUAUGGCUACAACCAGUAUGGCAGGCGAUUCAAGAAGUCCCCAAAGAAAUAAUUGCAGAAAGAAAUAUAAUUUUAACGAUCAUUUAGUCGAAAUGUAGUCGCAACUCAAAGGCAUGAAAUACAUGCAUCUGAAA